AUGUCUGACUUAUUUGAUAGCUAUGAGUCCGACUUCAAAUUGGCAUAUUCUGAUGCUCAGCAAAAAGAAAAUCAAAUUUAUGGAUUAACUGACCAGGACCAAAGAGUUGAACUGAUGAGAGACGUCGAAAAGUCUCUUGAUGACUGCUACGAGUUGAUUGAAUCGAUGUCUUUGGAAGUUCAGCAGCUUUCGACGCACGAAAGAGCACCGUUCAAUGCCAAAAUCAGAACUUAUAAGCAGGACACCGAUCGUCUUAACUCCACUCUUAAGUCUCUCAUGGAUGAUGAGGAUAAGAGACAAUUGUUUGGAGACUCUGCAGAGGGUGAGAAUUAUUCUCAAAGGCAAACAUUAUUGAAUACAAACGAGUCUAUUGAUAGAUCCACAAAACAACUCAACGAUGCUACGAGAACCGCCGUUGAGACGGAAACUGUCGGCUCUUCUAUCAUGGAUACUCUAAGAUCUCAACGUGACCAAAUCACAAACGCCAGGGAUACCCUUGGAGAGGCUGAUAAUUACGUUGACAGAUCUCUACGAACCUUGAAAACGAUGACGAGAAGGCUCGCCACCAAUAAAAUCAUCACCUACGGAAUCAUCGCCGUUCUUAUUCUUCUAAUAUUGCUUGUCCUAUACAGCAAAUUUGCUUAA